CGGGUUUCGGUAUCAGUCGUCAGAGACCGCGAACCGCCACUCGCACGAAACACGCGCCUUCUCGCACACACGCCGUCAUGUUCAAGUUCGCCGUUCUUCUCGCCCUGCUCGCCUGCGCCGCGGCGGCGCCCGCCCCCGGCCUGCUGUCCGCGCCCGCGGUCGCAGCUGCACCGGUGGUCGCGGCCGCGCCCGCCCUGGCCUACGCGGCGCAUCCCGCGCCGAUCGCCUACGCCGCACACGCGACGCCGGCCGUCGCCUACGCCGCACACGCAGCGCCGGCCGUCGCCUACGCCGCACACGCAGCGCCGCUCGCCUACGCCGCGCACACCGCGCCGCUCGCCUAUGCCGCGCACACCGCGCACGUAGCCUACGCCGCACCUGCCGUCAGCUACAUCCACUGAGGGAUCGACAGGGAGGCCGAUUUUCUGCUCGAGAGGGAGCGGACGUCGCCGACGGACGGGGGAUCCCGAGGGAUCAUCCCGGAUAUUUUUUUGAACGAGAAAUUGUCACUUUCGGACAUUUAUGCUGAGAGAGAGAGAGAGACGGAGGGAGAGAGAUAAUAAUAAAUCCGUUACUUGGUGAUCGCAUA